CGCCUGGUCACCAUUUGAGCGCAGAGACUGAAGAGCCGCUGACCGGUGCUGGAGGUCCGCUGUACCGGCCGGUCCCUCACUCCACCACCGCCACCUCUACCUCCAGCGCUGUAGCAUGAAAACCAUGCUCACCUUUAUCUCUACCGUGCUCAGAGGCGCUGCCGCUAAGAACGCUGCUCAAACAGUGUCAGAGGGCUCAAGAGUGGUGGUCUCAACCCGCUCAUAUGCCGACUUCACUCCCCAGGCCAGCUUUGACGUCAAGAAAUGUGACCUGCACCGCCUGGACCAGGGCCCGCCCUCACAGGCUGUGAUGACGAGAGAGCAGGGGCUGAAGUAUUACCGUGUCAUGCAGACCAUGAGACGCAUGGAGCUGAAAGCAGACCAGCUGUACAAACAGAAGAUCAUCCGAGGCUUCUGCCACCUUUAUGAUGGACAGGAGGCUUGUGCUAUGGGCAUUGAGGCAGGCAUUAAUCCCACUGACCACCUGAUCACAGCGUAUCGAGCUCAUGGGUACACCUACACUCGAGGAGUGUCUGUUAAGGAGAUCCUGGCUGAGCUCACAGGCCGAAAGGGUGGAGUGGCAAAAGGUAAAGGGGGCUCGAUGCACAUGUACGCAAAGCACUUCUACGGUGGAAAUGGAAUCGUGGGAGCUCAGGUUCCUCUCGGUGCUGGUGUGGCCCUUGCUUGUCAGUACAAGGGCAAUAAUGAAGUCUGCGUCACACUCUAUGGAGAUGGCGCCGCUAACCAGGGUCAGAUAUUUGAGGCUUUCAAUAUGGCUUCACUGUGGAAACUCCCCUGCAUCUUCAUCUGUGAGAACAAUAAGUACGGUAUGGGAACCUCAGUGGAGCGAGCCUCCGCCAGCACUGACUACUACAAGAGAGGAGACUUCAUUCCUGGACUGAGGGUGGAUGGCAUGGACGUUCUUUGUGUGAGAGAAGCUACCAAGUUUGCAGCAGAUUAUUGCAGAUCAGGAAAGGGUCCCAUACUUAUGGAGCUCCAGACCUAUCGUUACCAUGGACACAGCAUGAGCGACCCAGGGGUCAGCUACCGAACACGUGAGGAGAUCCAGGAGGUGCGCAGUAAGAGUGACCCUAUCUCCAUGCUGAAGGAUCGAAUGAUCAACAACAAUAUGGCCAGUUUGGAAGAAAUUAAGGAAAUUGACGCAGAGGUCCGUAAGGAGAUUGAGGAGGCGGCACAGUUCGCCACGUCUGACCCCGAGCCCCCGCUGGACGACCUGUGCAACCACAUCUUCUAUAAUGAGCCACCCAUGGAGGUGCGUGGUACCAACCCUUGGUCCAAGCUCAAGUCUGUCAGCUAAAAAUCACCAGCUGCCCUCGCCUCCUCAUGAGCACCUUAGAGCCAGCCAUGCAGUUUUAUCCCUGAGCACUGAUGUCCAGAGAUCAUUAACUGCAGACGCACAAAAUCCCAGAGAUUUUUGUAGCAUUCAGAGAGCCAAAUGUUAUACAUUCCUGAGAGCACUCACAUGUUAUUUAUGUACUUUGUGAUUAACGGUGUAUGACAUUUUAGAUAGAAAUGUGAGAUUGUUGUAAUAUUAAGAAUGUAGCUGCUCUGCCUCGUCAUGGUUAUUAAUGUGUUUUUGAAUCCCGACAUCUAGAAUAUGAAAAAUAUGUCUGAAUGGGUGCUGUCUGUGUUUUACAAGUUGUGUUUUGGGAAACAAAAUCAUACUUUGGUCUUAAUAUUAAGUAUGCCAGAUGAAGUGAUAAUUUGACAAAAUGCCAGUAAAACUCUACAUCAGGGUGUCAACCAAUACCUAUGAUGUAGUUUAUAAAAUUACGAUUUUAUGAAUAGAAAUAAGCAUAAUAGAUUCGUUCACUAGUAAACUUAGACACAUAUGACCAAAUUCUGUUGUUUUUUAUAUCAUUUAAAACAGCAAUAAAAAAUGUGUUUGUAACAUUAGAACAUUAAUCCUGUUGGAUGUGGUUGGUCCUUCUUGGUGGUAUGCUGACGUUACCCUGGAUACCGUGGCUCUUGAUACAUCACAAAGACUUGCUGUCUUGGUCACAGAUGCGCCAGCAAGACGUGCACCAACAAUUUGUUCUCUUUUGAACUCUGAUAUGUCACCCAUAAUGUUGUGUGCAUUGCAAUAUUUUGAGUAAAUCUGUGCUCUUACUCUGCUAAUUGAACCUUCACACUCUGCUCUUUUGGUGCAAUGUGCAAUUAAUGAAGAUUGGCCACCAGGCUGCUCCAAUUUAGCCAUGAAACCCCCCACACUAAAAUGACAGGUGUUUCAGUUUCAUUGUCCAACCCCUGUAUAUGGCAUCAUUAUUAGUAUCAGGUCAGCAGUGGCAUAACUAGAAUCUUAUAUUAACCCAUAUAUGUAAAUUCAUGUUUUGAUAAAAUACUCUGUCAGAAAAAGGUACUUAAGUAACAUUUCUGUACACUCAAAGUACAAAGUGAUUCUUCAGAUUAUCAGUUAGAAAAAACAAAUGCAAAGAAAUAUAUUACAAAUGUGUCCCUAAACUAAAGGCACUUAAGUUAAUCCCUUACGUUAAAUAAAUACAUGUUUUAAAAAAAUACAAACUGUUUUACGAUUUAAAAUAAAUUUAAAAGUAAUAAUAAUUUACUUUAGUAUCUAUGUAACAUCUCUCCAACAUUAGGCCAAUACCAGCAGAAGCUACUGGAUCUGAUUUUGUGAAGAGAAAAAAAGGUCAGAUUCAGUUCUGUAACAAACAUGCUGUAUUUAAACAUCACUUGCUUAUGCUCACACAGAUUUGUGAUGGUGUGAGCUGUCUUCCUGUUUCUUCCUGUGGGUUAGUCGAAUGUUUGAGUAGUUUGAUAACAUUAUAGUCUACUUUCAAAGAAAGAA